AUGCCUGGAGGACAUCUAUAUCUGUUCUUACAAUCUAGCUCGUCUGAAAGCUCGUUUCUGCGACUGCCCCACUGCACUCUCUGGGAUGACGCCACACGAGCAGGUGCACUCGAUGCUUUGCCACACAACACCCGGAUGCACCUCGCUUGUCAUGGGAAGCAAGACCGCAAGCAGCCUUACCAUUCACGUUUCACCAUGAGAGACGAACCUCUGAGACUCCAAUUUUCGGGGUUCAAGAGCGUCAUUGACACACUCAAAGAUAUUGACUAUAUACGCCCACUUUUACAUCACGCUUGCUAUCCCCGGAUCCCCCACUCCACUUGUGUCAUUCCCACAUUUGGCUCUAUUCUGGAUGGUUCUGGUCCCCUCCCUGUCUAA